UCGCCUUUUUCUCCGCCAGGCGGCAUGAGCAGCUGCGACGCCAAAGACUACCUGACCAGGAGGGAGAUCCCGCAGCUUUUCGAGAGUUUGCUGAAUGGAUUAAUGUGCUGUAAACCCGAUGAUCCCGUGGAGUAUCUGGAAAGCUGUUUACAAAAAGUAAAAGAACUGGGGGGAGCAGAAAAAGUCAAAUGGGACACUUUUGUCAGUCCAGAAAAAAGGUCACUGCCUCCCCUAAACGGCAACCAGUCAAGAAGAGCAUUUUUCAGGAAUGUGAUGCCUGACAACCCCAACUUUCCAUACCGGAGAUAUGAUCGACUUCCUCCAAUCCACCAGUUCUCCAUCGAGAGCGACACGGAUCUCUCAGAAACAGCUGAACUUAUUGAGGAAUAUGAUGUGUUCGAUCCGACCAGGCCUCGACCCAAAAUCAUCCUAGUCAUAGGCGGACCCGGCAGUGGUAAAGGAACCCAAAGUUUAAAAAUAGCAGAACGCUAUGGAUUUGAGUAUAUCUCUGUGGGUGAAUUGUUAAGAAAGAAGAUCCAUAGCACAAGUAGCAAUCGAAAAUGGAGUCUGAUCGCUAAGAUAAUUACAACUGGGGAAUUAGCCCCACAGGAAACCACAAUUACUGAGAUAAAGCAAAGAUUAAUGCAAAUUCCUGAUGAGGAAGGUAUUGUUAUUGAUGGAUUUCCACGAGAUGUUGCCCAAGCUCUUUCCUUUGAGGACCAAAUCUGUACCCCAGAUUUGGUGGUGUUCUUGUCCUGCUCAAAUCAACGGCUCCAAGAACGCCUAAUGAAGCGCGCUGAACAGCAGGGGAGGCCAGAUGAUAAUCUGAAAGCCACACAAAGACGCCUGACUAAUUUCAAGCAGAAUGCUGUUCCGCUGGUGAAAUAUUUCCAGGAAAAGGGUCUGAUUGUGACUUUGGAUGCUGACAAAGAUGAGGAAGAAGUGUUCCGUAACAUAAGCUUGGCUGUUGACAAUAAGCUGUUUCCCACUCAAGAACCAGGGCCAAGUCCAUGUGAAGUUGACCUUAGUCUCAUCGUGGACCCAGGAGAGAUUCCUGAUCAUGAAUUUAACUUUGAAGAUCAGGCAUAUGAACAAUCAUGUGUUUGCAGGCCUGAAAAUGCAGAUUUUACAGAAGACCUGAGGAAAUCAAACAUAAUUUUUGUACUUGGUGGCCCAGGCUCUGGCAAAGGAACCCAGUGUGAGAAAUUAGCACAAAAGUAUGGAUUCAUGCAUCUGUCCAUAGAAGAUCUGAUCCAAAAUGAGACAGUAUCUGGAAGGAGUAAGAAUGUCAGAGAUAUAACCGAGAGUGGUGAAUUUAUACCAGGGGAUAUUGUCACGGAGCUCUUAAAAGAAGCUAUACUUGCCAAUAUGGAAAGCGCGAAGGGAUUCUUGAUUGAUGGCUAUCCCCAAGAGAUUCAACAAGGAGAACAGUUUGAGAAUGAGAUUGGUGAGCCCUCUCUGGUACUCUGCAUGGAUUGUUCUUCUAAGACUAUGAGUACUCGCCUUCUGCAAAAAAGUCAGUGCCUUGAGGAUAAUGGUGAAGCUAUCAUGAAAUGCAUCGAAGCUUACUAUAAAACAGCUGAGCCAUUAAUUGCAUAUUAUGAAAACACAACCCCACUUUUUAAGAUAAAUGCGGAAGGAACACCAGAGGAAGUUUUUCUUGAGAUAUGCACUUCAGUCAAUACUUUUCUGAAGAAGGAAUAGCAUCACUUUCAAAAUUUAAUGUAAUGGCAGUGCUGUAACACAUACAUGCAUAGUAUCCUUUACAAAUGCUGUUCAAAGAAAGAGCUGCUGCCUUGAAAGAUUAAUGCAUGUUGUAAACAUUGUAAAAAUCUUUGUAACUUAAAUGGUACCGUAAUGAUACAUGUGUACUUUAUAUGGCCUAUGAGUUUGCAGUUCACAGGUUUAAAAAAGCCAGCAUGAUAUAAACAGCAGCUGAGUUUUAUAGAACACACACAUUCUUCAUUUCACUACAAGACAUACUAUAGUCAAGCACAGUAUUCCCUGUCAGUAGAAGUGCUGUAACAGUGAAUUUGCUGCUGAACCCAAAUCAAUUUUUGAGGCUAUUUAAGCUUGCUCUUUUUUUUGUAGUGCUUUAACAGUCUGUUUUCUGUCAUUUUCUUUUACAAGGAGAACAUGUCUGCAAUUUAGUUUGCAAUCAUUUACACACCAGAUAGUGGAAUUGAGACUCACAAAAAGCGUGAUUUGCAAUACAUGAACCAAAUGUGAAAUAACUGUGAUUGCAAGACCAGCUGCUGUAUCCAUCAUACAAAUAUCCUAUCUAGUUAUGGUUUGAAAGAUUUUUGAUUUACAAUGCUAACAGAGGGAUAGUGUCUGCAGAAAAGGAAAAAAAGUGCCAAAUAUUGCUUAUAUCCUUAAGAUGGAUUGAUUUAGGGUUAAUCAUGGCAGUGUCUGAAUAUAAAAAAUUAACGUGCAUUUCAAAAGACUACAGGCAAUAAUUGUCUCUAUGUAGAUUGCUGUGACAGCUACAUAUAGCAAUUAUCAGCUUUAAAUCUUUUAAUUUGCUUGGCAUUUAACAUGAUGGGAAAUUUAAGACAUAAAUGAGCAGUGUUAAAUUCAGAUUUUCAAUUUCCACAUGUGUGUACGCAGACACACCCACUUCUUGAUGACUGAAAUAACCAAGGUUUUUUUGGAAUGUUGAUCAACAGACAAGAAAAACUUACAGUCUGUACAGCUGCCUCCUUUUCUUUGGCUGUCCACUAUUUUUUCUUGCAUGCUAGAUCCUAUCAACAGUUGCAUUAUCGACAAGCAAUUCAGCAAAUUUGUAUUUUUCAACCUACUACUCUUGUAUGAAAAGGUAAUAAAAAUAAAAUGUAUGGACAAAUGUUAAGGGUAAUCAGAUUUACUCUUCGUAUUUAAGGCUCCUGCAAAACAAAUAGGUAUCCAAUCCAAAGGCACAUAAAAACAUUUUCACUUAAUUGGGUGCAGAGUUUUGAAUUUCGAAAACUUUUAUAGUUGUGUGGUUAUGAGCAUCCCUUUCAGGUCUUUUAGAUGAUAGAAACUGGUGUGGCAGCACUUUCAAAACAAGAGUGUUGUAUUUAAAGACAAAAUUCGACAGAAAUCUCAAAAAAUAUCAUUAACAUUUAAAACUACAAAUUUGAACUGUUUGACAAGAACCAUAUAAAAAUCAGGUUUGCACUUUGAGCAAGAACUCUAAAAUCUCUACACUAAGUAAAGGGCAGUGGGAAACAAGAUUUUAAAUUCAAAGGGCAGUUGAAACUUUGCUGAAAACGUAUCAAAACAAUCUUUAUUAUGGUCAUAGACCAGCAUAAGGAGGAUAGGGUACAGUCAAUUGCUGAAAACGUGUAACAUAUAGUUUCUUACUUCUGAAAAGCAAUGUAUAGUCAGAAGUCUGUCUGGAAAAACAGCUUUUAUCAAUGAAAAUUUCGGAGACAACCAUCUGCUUUUUCCAGUAUGAAUUUAGAUCUGUAAAGCCAGGAAAACAUGUUUUGAACAAAUGAGAAUGAAGGAAUGGGAUAAUUAUCAUUGGCUUGCCACAUAAAUUUGCUUGGAAUUUAUAUGGCUUACUCUGGAAUCAGUGUUUGCCUUAAGGAGCUGUGCAAAACACUCUGAAGCUAAAAUUAUGUCCCCAAAUAUCCUAUUUCAGGGAAAGACUGCAAGAUAGAGGUUAGAAUGGGCCAUUUCAUUGAAAGUUGAUUAUUUUCCAAAAGGAAAUGCUUUCCACAUUGGAAAGUUUUAACUUUAGAACAUUUUUCACCUCUAGAGGCUUGUUUAUAGAAAAACCUAAACUCAGUAUGAUCACCUGAACCAAUCUUCUAUCUAAAGGAGAUAGAAAAUGAGUACUUAGAACAUGCCCAUAUGACAAACCUGGAAUAUGUUAACAAACCUAAUGCUGUAUCAGAAAGUAGCAUCUGGGUGCAGAGAAUAUAUAAACUGAUAAUUUGAAAUAGAUCUGCAUUAGAUACUCAUUUUCCAAAGCAUUACAAUUUUGCUACCAUUAAUGAGAAAAGUGAAAUACAUCAGGUAUAUGGUUUUAUAUUAUAUAUAUUCUGAUUUAUUAAAUUUCUCAAGAAUGAGAUAUGUUUACAGACGAUGUCAUUAAGAAAUGAUACUGCAUCAUCUAUUCAUUAAAAAUGCUUCAACUCCUCUAACAGAAAGUGAGUAUACCUAAACAAAAUGUGAAAAUUAAUACUGAAAUUAAGCUCAAAUUAAUGCUGUUAUUAAACGAGCCAGCCAACUCCUUGUUAGUUACUGCUGUAGUUUAAUUUAAACACAUAUACUAAAUUACUUCCAAAAUUCAAGUUUUUUUUUUUAAAGCAAGUGGAAAUCUAAUACAGUUAAAAUAAGUCGCAUUUCCGGAUCACAACUUACACAUGUUGAAAUGAUAUAUUAACUAAAAAUAUAUAGUAAAUGCUACGAAGCUUUUUCAGUCAUUGCUAUUCUCCACCUAGUAAAGCGUACCAAAAUGUCUUCUUUAUUUCAUAAAGACAACGGAGAAGGGGGAUGGAUAUGCAGAACAAGGACACGGAAGUACACAGAAAUAAAAAUAAUAAAACAGGUUACAGAGAAGUCUUAUGGGCAUUUUUGAGAUGAUCUUCUUCCACGUAAUUGAUUCCCCAUUUGUUUCAACAACGGAAAGAGCUUUGAAAAGAGCAUUCCUUUGGCUGUGCAAAUCUGCUCCCACACAAGUGGUGCAUCUGCGAGUUAGAGCAUAGAUAAGGUUGUGUACAGAAUUUAGUGGACGUGUUCAAAACAGGGUGCUGGAGCAUUAUCCUGGGAAAGGUGACGAAAAGCAGCAAGGCAAAAGAUGAAGGUGAGGCACCCCUUCUCUCUACGGCCUAAUUCAUGUUCUCACCUUCUUCAGAAAAAAAAGUCACGGUAACCAUUCUAUAUAUAAACAGACGGUAGCCACAGUUUAUUUCUCACAGUUCUCCUGACAACUGAACAUUAUUUAAGAACAGACUGUAUACACAGAUAAGAAGAAACAUACAAAAUGUUUUAAAUGAUGCACAACAAAAUCCAGCAGUAUAAAAGAAUGCAUGUGAAGUCUUGCUCACUGUUCAGGCUAAAUUUAAUCACCUUGUUUAAAUAGUAAUAAAAAUACAAUCUUUCAUGGACCUUGUGCAUACUACAAAAAGAGGAAAAUUAUUACCAUAUAUGAUUUAUAUUAGGCAGUUUUCUUUGAUGAGUUGCAUUAACAACUCUAAAUACAGAGGCAGAAGACUGUGUAUUCCAUAAGAGUUAAUGGGGAUUUAGAAACUUUACACAGUUACUACCACUGGCACUUUUCACCAUAGCUUUGUACACAACACAUGGUCAUUUUAUAUAACAUUACAUUUAAAAAUAUAUCUGCAUGACAAUUUAUAAUAUUCACACACCAUGAGCUGGUUAAGGAAGCAGUGCCACAGUUGCCUCCUGUAGUGCUUCACUCUCGGUAAAUAAGUUUGUGGUAAAAAGGAAAAUAAAAGAGGUAAAAGAAACAUCUACGUAAUUAAGCAGCUCCAAGGCCGAUCAUGACCACCCCUGGGACAGUGAUUGUUUUAUGAGUAGGUUCCUAGAAGCAAACACUGCCACAGGCUAAAACUUUGCUGAAAGAAAUCAGUUUUUGUGCUGGAGACUAUUUUCCACAACAAAACUGCAAACUAUUAAACUGUUUCAAUGUUAAGUAUUUCAUCACCUGUUCAUCGCACAAUAGCCAAGUUCUUUAAGCCUCUGGACUAUGUUUAAUGUGUGCUUUCUUUUCUGGCCACACUUUUGUAACUCAUCUCUUGGACUUUUCUUUUUCUUU